AUUAAAGGGUUGAGUUCUUCAACUGUUGCAUACGGAUGCAGAUUUUAUAUUAGAAGGACGAAGUCGUAGUUGUAAUCUUAAUUUAUACCAACCCCAUCAACUUUGUUGGGUCCUUGUAACAUGGAUGGUGAGUCGAAGAUCCAUGUUGAUAAGGUUGAAGAUGAGAUGUUGCCUGGUUUUCGAUUUCAUCCGACAGACGAAGAGCUCGUCGGAUUUUACCUCAAGAACAAGAUACAGCAGAAGUCAUUACCCAUUGAGCUCAUCAAGCAACUUGACAUUUACAAAUAUGAACCCUGGGAUCUCCCAAGUCUAGCAGCAUCCGGCGAGAAAGAGUGGUAUUUCUACUGUCCUAGAGACCGUAAAUACCGAAACAGUGCGAGGCCUAACAGAGUAACAAAAGCCGGAUUUUGGAAGGCGACUGGAACUGAUAGGCCUAUUUACACUUCCGAUGGCACCAAAUGUAUUGGUUUAAAGAAGUCCUUAGUGUUCUAUCGAGGAAGAGCUGCCAAAGGGACUAAAACAGAUUGGAUGAUGCAUGAAUUUCGACUGCCUUCACUCUCGGACAAAACCCUUUCUGCUAAUGAUUCGUGGGCUAUUUGUAGGAUAUUCAGAAAGAUCAAUUCCAUGGCUCAAAGAGCUCUUUCUCCUACUGUGAUACCCUCAUUAUCAUCUGAUAUACUCCACAAUUAUGACCCUAGCAAUCACUUCAAUUCGGACAUUUCUUACAGAAACAAUGAAAUGCAACAUGCACAACAAUGGAGACCAUCUCCGUUGCCGGUUCCCAAUGGAGAACUUCACAACAACUUCACGUUUUCAGUCGAUGCUUCGUCUACGGAAUUGAGGCCACAGGCGAUGAUGAUGGUCGCCGGUGAAGUUACGAACAACUCCGGGAAUAUGGAUUUCGAAGGGCAACAACAGCAUUUCGAUUGCUUCUCAAUAAGCUUGGCACAAGACCUGCAAGGAACGGGGAAGACUUGGAAUGAAGGUCUUGACGAGAGCCGUUGGAGGAAUUUCAGAACAAUGGGAUUUCCUUUUAGUUUGUAGCCAAAUGCGUUCGAUUUAUGGAAGCCUAAUCUGCCAUGGGAUUCACCUCA